ACCUAUUGCCUGCCCUAAUCCUUUACCAUUUCCACAAACUCUCUUUCUUUUCUUGUUUAAACGACUGCGUUUUGAUCAUCAUCAUCAUCAUCAUCAUCCUCCUCACCAAGAUCACACAAUUAGAGGAAAAAAGCUUAACUUGUUCCCCCUUUUUUAGGAAAUUACUUCAAUGAUUUUGGAAGCAUUUUCAGAAAGAUCAAAAAAAGGAAGUGAUUAGUGAUUAGCUUCAAUGUGAUUUAAAGCUUUUCUAGUAUUCCUCAAACAAGAAAAACUCCAAACAGAAAAACAGUAAGUCUCUGAUCUUACUCUCCCAUCAAUCUCAUCACUAUACAUCUCUUUCUUCUUCUCUCUUCUAUUAUAUAUCAAACACAUGCAUACACUUUUAUAAAAUAUAUAUUUUCAUCAUUUCCUUGUCUUCCUCCGUUUCUGGCUUUUUAUCUUUCUCUCUUUCCUUUCAAACAUGGAAAUUCUCUGGUAGUAAUCACUGGGUAUCUCUUCUCUUUCCUUUUCUAGUCUUGUCCUUUCAUCAACAGUAACAUCUCUGUUUGAUUUGCUUCCAGAGAACAAAAAAAAAAAAACGAGAAAAACCAACUAAACCUUUAAUUCCAACUCUUUAUCUUGCUGUUCACUGGCUUUCUUACUUGGGUCAUCCGCAAAAGAGUUUUAAGAUUAGAGAAAAAAGCAAACCCUAGAAGUACAAUCGCGAGGAAGAAGACGAUAUAAUCAUCUAUAUAUAUAUAUGUCACUGAAGAACCCAGCAAUGGAUUCGAUCCCAGAAAUGGGCAAAAACCACUCAGAAACCAACACGAGCAGCAUCAACUCACUUGCAUCUUCAUCUUCCCCAUCAUCUUCAACCUCCAGCCGCUACGAGAACCAGAAGCGCCGAGACUGGAACACUUUUGGUCAGUACCUGAAAAACCACAGACCACCACUCUCUCUUUCCCGAUGCAGUGGUGCCCAUGUUCUUGAAUUCCUUCGUUAUCUCGACCAAUUCGGAAAAACUAAGGUGCACACUCCAAUCUGUCCUUUCUACGGCCAUCCGAACCCACCGGCCCCCUGUCCCUGCCCUCUCCGCCAAGCCUGGGGCAGCCUCGACGCACUCAUCGGCCGGCUCCGAGCUGCCUUCGAGGAAAACGGAGGGAAACCCGAAGCCAACCCGUUUGGUGCACGAGCUGUGAGGCUUUACCUCCGAGAGGUUCGUGAUUUGCAAUCAAAAGCAAGAGGGAUUAGCUACGAGAAGAAGAAGCGUAAGCGGUCAACCGGCGCCUCUCAACAAAUUCAAGCUGCUCUGCACCCACCACCACCACCCAGUUCAGGUUAAGAAAAUCUCUCUCUGUAACCAAUAUAUAUAUAUAUAUAUAUGUUGUGGUUUUGAUGUAUCCAUCUCUGAGUAGGGUAGGGUUAGUUUACGUUUUGUUUUGUGCUGGUAUUGUGUAGUUUUGCUUAGAUCUCAUCUGAUUUGGAAGCAAAGAGUGAAAGUUUUACCAUUAGUGGGACUGGUACUGAAGGGGUUGUUUAGAGUGAUUGCACUUCCAGUUCUCAUCUACGGGAAACUCUCUUUUCUUUUAUGUGUACUUUUAAUAUUCAUCUAUAAAUUUGCAGAUCAUGUCUC